AUGCUAGCAAUGAACAGCGACCCACUACCAAACGUAUCCUCAACCUAUGAGAGGAUAUGUGAAGACGAAGAUGUGGAAAAUUGUGUUAAACCUUUUUUACCCGUCAACAACAGUAGACAGUUUAAAGUAAGCCCUACAUUUUAAGUCUUACUAGGGAAUUGCACCAAAUAUGAUAGGGGCUGUAUGACAAACCUUAUAUAAGAUAAACAAAUUAAGCAAUAUGUAUAAAAAAACAUUAACCAAUACGUAAAAAAGUAUACGUACCGUGCAUAGGUAAUUUUGCGCCAUACGGUUGGGUGGGUGGGUUUAUUGUCCGAGUGUCACAUAGAAGGUCUGUUCGUUAGACAUAAUAAUUGUACCAAGCAAAACCCACUUAUUAAUAAUCGUAAUGCUGAUUUCUUCUACUUCUCCACUGUAACAAUCAACCUUUUAGUGAAAACUAAAUAAACUAUUAUUUUACCCAAAUUCCAUCUGUUACAGUUUUUCUUUGAUAUAGACAUGUUGCACUAGAGGCAGAUCACAAUUAAUAGGGUAGGUUCCGAUAUUGUAUGUAAUAUACAAAGAUAUUGUUGAAUUCCAUUUUGGAUUUGAGAUGAAUUGACGACAAAUUCAAGGCCGUUUCACAACCGGUUAUUGUCCUAGCAAAAAAUCAGAAUAAAAAAAUCAUUACGAAUUCGGUUCUAAUAAAUUUUUUUAGGACCUUUUAUUGCGUUCGAAAUUAAGCGGUCUUAAUUAUUGAGAUCAUAAAAGUUUAAAACUUAUAAAUGAAGAAAUUUUUAUUGCGAACUAUUUGUAGCUUUUUAUCCGACAACUAAAAAAAACCUUACCAUAAUUGCAGGACAUGAAGACACAUAACAUAAUGAUGUGCACAAUUCCAAAGACAGGCUCCACACUGCUCUAUGCGAUCAACUGUUUACUGAAUGACGAACUAGGCUUCUUCUAUAAUAAAAAAAAGAUUUUUGGUGAUUUUAACGCAAAGUAAGUUUGCAACAUGUAACUUAAAAGUUGAUAAACAUUCUUAAAAGAUUUUCAUGUUGUCUAUUAUCAAUCAAUUUUGCAUAAUGUGACUUUAGUGAUUGUUUCAACAAUGCAAGAUGGACAAUGGAAGACGCUGCUGAAGUCCAUGGUCCAGAGGUUUAUGACUGGACUAAGCUAACAGUCGUACGUGAUCCUAUUGACCGUUUUCUGAGCGCUUUUGUGUUUGCUUGUAUCAAAGGCUAUGAGACACCUAAUGAAUGCAAAUAUGAAUGUAAUGGCUGUGGUUCAAACUUUACUUGUUUUGUCGAAAGAGAGUACGAUAUGUUAAUGCGUUUCAACCGUGGACGUUACGGUGCCAGCUUUCUAUUACAACACACAUGGCCGCAAAAUUGGUGGUGUGAUAUGAGCAAAUAUCGACAUGUUAGUUUAUUUAAUUAGAUUGGGUAGAGUAGAGUAUUGUAAGAUACGGUAGAGUAGAGUUAAAAUUAAAAGCAUCGUAUGAACUCAAUUUUUUAGAACACAACUAUAAUUAAACACGACACUGAUCCAAACAUAUUCAUUCCACGUUUGAUCAACUUCUUCGAAUCCAAAAAUAUCUCCGCCCAAGCUUUAAACUAUAUCAAAGAUAUUACUAUGAACCAAAGGACACAUCAUGCCACAGUUAGUACUAGAGCUCGACAGUUCUUUGAAGAUCGUCUACGUUCAUCGCCUUAUUUAAUGGACAAAGUGGUCAGGAUGUUUUAUCAUGAUUUCAAAGUGUUUGGUUUUUCGUUGCCACCAGGCUAUCAAUAA